AUGGCUCCAUCGCAAUCGGACAGCGAGCCCUCGGCGGCUCUGGCUGAACACUGCUUCUACUGCUUUACGGUCAUCGAACACGAGCUCAACUCGAAUUCAUACUCGUCACGCCCACCUGCUGCGCCCUUCGAGGACGACGGCAACGAGUACCCCCUCUUUGUCACCUGGAACAUCUUCCCGCACAGCUCGACUGCGCGCAGGUCCAUCCUAUCCUCGGCUUCCUCCACCGCCACUCCGCGUCUGCGCGGCUGCAUCGGCACCUUUGAGCCCUAUCCGCUAUCGCAGGGUCUCGCCGAAUACGCAAGCAUCGCCGCAUUCAAGGACCGUCGCUUUUCGCCCAUCUCGUCGUCCGAGCUGGCUCGCCUCGAGUGCGGCGUCUCGCUGCUCACGCAUUUCGAAGACUGCGACGACCACCUCGACUGGGCUGUGGGCGUGCACGGCAUCUACAUCCAUCUGCCCAAUCCCGCGCUCGCCCCCAAGCCUCUGCUGGCGAGAGGCAACGAGGAUAGCGCCAGCUCCUCGUCGGGCUCGGGCGCAUCCACCCCUGCCCCACUCAAAUCCACCAGAUCAUCGCGAUUCUCCAAAUCCGCUCACAGCGGCCCCAAUUUCCUCACCGCCACCUACUUGCCAGAUGUCAUCCCGGACCAGGGCUGGACGAAGCAAGAGGCCAUCGAUUCGGCCAUCCGCAAGGCCGGCUUCAACGGCAAGAUCACAGACGACAUCAGAAACGCCCUCCGCGUACGCAGGUAUCGCUCCCAAAAGGUCUCGCGCACCUACGACGAGUACCUCGCGUGGAAGCAGGACCACAACUAG